GCCAUUUUAAGAAUUUCAUCGUCGAUUGUACUGACGCUUGGUUACGUUUUAAUCGUGUUUAACCAUAAUAUUACAUUCAUAUCCAAAUAAGUACAAGUAAAAGAUUUGAAAUGGGUAAAAAGGAUAAAAAAGGUGAAACUAGUGAGGCAUCCAGCGAAGAAGAAUAUGUUGUAGAGAAGGUUCUCGACAAACGUACUGUAAAAGGCAAGGUACAAUAUCUACUAAAAUGGAAGGGUUACAAAGAGGAGGAGAGCACAUGGGAACCAGUGGAGAAUCUCGACUGUGAGGAGCUGAUCAAGACCUUUGAGGAAAAUAGAAAGGAAAAAGAAAAAGAGUCAAAAACUAAGAAGCCAGAAGACCGUGGCAAAAAACGUGUUCGUGAGUCCAGUGAGGAGACUUCCUCUGGACGCAAGGGUCGUGGUGCCAGUGUCUCAUCAGCUGAGGAUCACAAGGACACCUCCAAGAGGGAACGCAAGGAAGACAAAUCUAAAUCUGGCUUUGACAAGGGUCUGAAGGCUGAGAAGAUUAUAGGUGCAUCAGAUGCGACAGGAGAGCUGAUGUUUUUAAUCAAAUGGGCUGAUUCUGACGAGGCUGAGCUUGUGCCCGCUAGAGUUGCAAAUGUCAAAUGUCCUCAGCAGGUGAUUGCCUUCUACGAAGAGAGACUUACGUGGCACACACCGGCGGAGUCAGAAUGAUAUAGAAUCGCAUGUGGCAUGCCCAGUAUCCGAUACGGCGGGGAUUAUUUCUACGUCCGCGCAUUGGAGAUUCAUGAGCGUCAACGCCACAUAUAACACGACGCCAAGGAGUGUUGCAUGCGAUGGAUCUACCACUUCAAUAGUAUUCGUAAUACUGUUAUUAAUUUUGAAAGCUGAGAUGUGGUUUAAUUUAUCUUAGUUAGAUUCCCAUGGACAGAGUCCGUAUUUGUGUAUCCUUGUGAAUGUGUAGUUUAAGAAAGGUUUCGGCAGUAGUGAGCCAUCUGCUUC